AUGUCCGGCGUCUGGGGUUGGUUCGGGGGGCAGGGCUCUCAGAAGAAGAAGGACUCCCCGAAAAAUGCCAUCCUCGGGCUCAGAUCCCAGCUGGAGAUGUUGCAAAAGAGAGAGCGACACCUGCAGAAUCAGAUGGAUGAGCAGGAUGCAAUAGCGAGAAAGAACGUAAGCACGAACAAAAACGCUGCGAAAGCCGCCCUCCGCCGCAAGAAGCAGCAUGAGCACACUCUCGAGCAGACUACGGCGCAGAUUGCAACACUAGAACAACAGGUGUACUCGAUCGAGGCGGCAAAUAUCAACAGGGAAACGCUCAUGGCUAUGGAGAAGGCCGGUAAGGCAAUGGCAGAUAUACACGGUAAUCUCAAUAUUGAUAAAGUGGACGAGACAAUGGAGAAACUCCGGGAACAACACGCUCUGGGAGAGGAGAUUGCCAAUGCAAUCACAAGCACACCUAUGGGCGAGCCUAUUGACGACGACGAGUUGAACGAGGAAUUAGAAAAUUUGGAACAAGAACAACUUGACAACGCGAUGAUUGGGACCGGCCAUGUACCGGUAUCCGACCAAGUACACCGAUUGCCUGCCGCGCCUAAUACAGAGACCAAAUCGAAAGCUCCGGCACAAGAGGACGACGAAGAGGAAGAGCUUCGAAAGCUUCAGGCAGAGAUGGCUAUGUGA